AUGGAAAUUGAACAUCAUUUAUACGAAGUUAAACCACUGGAUGACAUUGAAGCUUGUGAGUUGCUUAGCAAUCAUGCUUUUACGACACCCAAAAAAUUAGAAAUCAGGACAGAUUUGGUGGAUCGUGUUCUGAACUAUGCUGGAGGUCUUCCUUUAGCACUUGUGGUGCUGGGUUCCUUCUUAUUGGGUAGAAGAGAAGAUGAAUGGGAAAUAACACUAGAGAAACUUUCUUGGAUUCCCAACUAUGAAAUUAAUGAAGUGCUCAAAAUAAGUUAUGAUGGACUACAUGAAAAUGAGAAAGAAAUUUUUCUCCAUAUUGCCUGCUUCUUUAACCAGUGGAGUAGUGAGUAUGUAAAGAAAGUCCUCAACAAUUGCGAUUUUGAGGCAGCAAUAGGAUUACAAAUUCUCAUUGAGAGGUCCUUGAUAAAAAUUGAUGAGUACGGACUCCUAAAAGUGACUGGCUUGAUUCAAUUGAUGGGUAUGGAUAUUGUGAGACAGGAAUGCCGCGAUGAUCCUGGGAGACGUAGCAGACUAUGGUUGUAUGAUGAUGUUGUCGAUAUUCUAUCAAGAGACAUGGGAGAUUGUGCUGUAACAGCUAUAGUGUUGGAGCCACCCAAGUUGACAGAGAUAUAUCUCAAGGAAUUUAAACUUCCUAGUUUCCCUUUGGAGUCGUUGCAGACCUCAGUUGCCACCAUUGAACAUGUAAUUGGCAUUGAUGAUCGAGUGAAGGAUGUAAUCAAAUUAUUGGAUAUAGAAGACUAUGAGGUUGGAGUGCGCAUUGUUGGAAUUCAUGGAACUAAUGGAAUCGGCAAGACAACUAUUGCAAAGGCCGUAUAUGACCAACUCUCCUCUUGUUUUGAUAGUUGUAGCUUUCUCGCGGAGGUUGGAGAAAAAGCAGAAAAUGUUGGUGGUAUUCAGUUUGUGCAAACUAAGUUGAUAUGUGAUAUUCUUGAGCAAGAUGGUGAUGUGGCUUCUUUCGAGGGAGGAAUCAAGUUUUUCCUGGAUGUAUUUCGCAACAUAAAAGUUCUUAUUGUCCUCGACGAUGUGGAAGACCAGUCUCAUCUUAAUGAUCUUGUAGGAGACCAGCUGGACUGGUUUGGUCCUGGAAGUCGGAUAAUUGUUACUUCAGAAAAUGGUGAAAUUCUCCAAGAGUAUGUUUCUCGACGCCUGGCUCGUAUUUAUGAAGUGAAUGAGAUGGAUAAUGAUCGAGCUUUUGAACUUUUUUGCAAUCAUGCUUUAGGAAUACACGGUUCGAUAUUUGACCAUCUUGAAACUGCGAAGCGCAUUAUCGAAGCUAUGGGGCAGGUUCCACCUGUUAUGGAAGUCAUUGGUUCCUAUCUUGAAACUGCGAAGCGCAUUAUCGAAGCCACGGGACAGGUUCCAUUUGUUAUUGAAGUCAUUGGUCCACUAUUACGUGGAAAACCAAUAGAAGAUUGGUUGAAGAUAGAGGACUUGAUAAAACCACAGAAGGAGAAAUCUCAAGAGAGGUUGAAGGAUUGCAGGGAGACUUUGAAAAUCUGCUAUGAAGCAUUACAUGAAAAGCAGAAACAAAUAUUUUGGGACAUAGCGUGGUUUGCCAAUGGCGUGGACAGCCGAAUUGCCUCAUAUAUGUGGCCCGAUCAAGAUCUUUUGCCUUCUCACCAUGUUUUGAUGCCCCUAGCAAAAAUUGGAGGAGACAACGUGCUGUGGAUGCAUAAAUUGUUGAAGCGCCUCAGCAGAACUAUGGAUAAAGAAGAACCUAAAUAUCCUGGAAGGCGCAGUAGACAAUACAUGCAUGUUACAGACCUGGAAGUAAUCAACAAGAAAGAGGGAAUGGAAGAGGUGGAAGCCCUUUCCUUUGACUUCAAAAAUCUUCAUCUCCAUUCAUUUACGGAAACCGAUUUCAAGAGCAUGCCAAGCAUAAGGUUCUUGAAAUUGGAUCAUGCAAAAAUGACUGGAAAUUUCGAAAAUGUAUUUCCAAAUUUAAGGUGGCUUCGUUGGCAAGGGUGCCCAAGGGAUUUCGUAGCAGCAGAAUUUAGUCUGACGGAACUGGUCAUUCUUGAUCUUUCAUGGAGCAAGGUCACCGAAGAUUGGGGAGGUUGGAGGUUAAUCAAGAUGGAGCAAUUGAAAGUCUUAAAUCUCUCCGGUUGCACUGACUUACUGAUAAGUCCUACAUUUUUCACCUUCCCGAACUUGGAGAUACUGAUUCUAGAGCGAUGCUCACGGUUGGUCCAUUUGGAUCCUUCGGUCGGUGGUCUAAAAAAAUUGCUUUGCCUGAAUUUGAAGUCCUGCACUGAACUCAACAGGCUGCCUGCCGAACUGGGUGCCUUGAAAGCUUUGAAAGAGCUCCUCAUUGAUGAGACUUCUAUGCGUGAUAUUCCCUUUGGAGGUGAUUCAAAGGAACUUGAAACUCUUUCUGCCUCCAAUUGCUUGUCCUUGAGUCUCCCCGAUGGAGUUGGAGAGCUGGUAAAACUCCGAUGCUUGUCAUUGAGUAAUUGUCAUUUGAUACGAAAACUUCCAGGGUCCAUUGGCCAAAGCCCUUUAGAGAAGCUGGAUAUUUCGGGAACAGGCAUUUCUGAAAUGCCAGAUUCCUUUGGUAAUUUGCAGAGGUUGAGAGUGUUAAAGAUGGACUAUUGCUUCAUAAGCAAGUUUCCUAGUUUUAUUUGGCGCCUACAUAGCAUUGAAGAAAUACAUGCCUCCUCGUGUAGGAAUUUAAAUGGGGAGAUUCCUGGAGAUAUUGGGAAGCUAAAAAAUCUGAGAAUCUUGAGGCUACGAAAUUCUACUAUUACCAGGCUACCUCCUGAAAUCGUGCAUCUUCCCAAGCUAGAGAUUCUUGAUGUACUUCACUGUGACAUGCUUCAGGAGUUGCCAGCACUUCCCUCUAGUUUGGUUAUUGUGCAUUUGAGUCCAAAAUUGAAGGAAAAGGUGUCUGACCUUUUGAUGGAGCAUUGCUUCAUCACUGUGUAACUUGGAUAACAAGGUC